GAUGAAAAUCAAUAUUCACUAGUAAUAGUAAAUCUAUAAAUAGUAGGAAAUGCCACUCCUUUCGCUGUUUACUCGCCUAUUCUGUGAAUAGGCUUAGCGGACUCUCUAUGGCUGAAAGAGCUUCACUUUCGCCUUUACUCCUAAAUAAAGGCUUGAUCGUCCUCAAGAAGUUUUCCGUUGAACUUCAAAAAGAACUCGGAGACCCUUCAAAGCUGUUCUUGCCGCUGAGUCAAGCAGGCAUACAGAUUUUAGAUGACUACCAUGAUUGCUAUCCGAUCUCCCCUUGCCCGAUCAUUAACGCCUAUCACCUCCUAAAUGGGAUAAAGAUGGCUGUUCACAGGAAUCCAGAUGUGCUCUUCAUAUUCUUAGAGGUAUUAGACAAAGCUUCUCCUCAUAGCAUUGCAAAAAAGAUUGAAGAAGAGUACAAAGGGCAUGAUGAUCUUUGCUUUCAUCCCAGGAACACAAGUGAUAGCUGGGCUGAAACUUUUGUACCUUCAACAGAUAGACUGAUCAACUUACAGUCAGCCGUCAAAACAGAAUUGCUUAAAGCAAAGGUCUUUUCAUCCCAAAUAAAGAAGCUUCCAUUUCUGGCUUCAUUCAUGCAAGAGGAAUGGGAAGAUGCAUGCAAUAUCAAUGAUUUACUCAACAUAAUAUUUAAGCAUUGCUCUCCCUCCAAUUACAGCAUUCUUUUACCGCUAAUUGGUAGCUUCCAACUAACGAAUGCUUCAAUGGCAAUACAAGCAUAUGAAAAUGAGCAACAGCAUUAUUGCAAGCAACUGGCAGAUCCUGAUUUUAUUGAAGAGCUUGAGAGACACUCAAGUUCUUCUGCAUAUAGAGCUUCAAUUGUUUUUGGAUUCCCACUGGAAAAGCUUCACUGCAUGACUGUGUCUGAAUUCAAGCUCAUUUUGUCUCGCAUAUUCUCUGAUUUUUCAUGUUUCAUUCACAUUACAAGAGUCUCAUUAGGAACACAUUCCUCUGUUACUUUGUCUGCUCCUGAAAGGAUGAGUCAAUGUCUCCUUAAUAUAGGACUACAGAAGAGAGAGUAUAUCAGCAUCAUGACUGGAGCAACCUCAAUGGUUAUUGGUGAUAGCGUAAUCCUUAGCAAGGACACUGACAUCAAGCAGAUGUUAUCUGACCUUGUUGAGCAGAAGCGUCAAAGAGAAGUCAGUCAGACAAAAAACACUCCUAAAGGUCUAAGUACUAAUGUGUGGCACAAGGAGGAAGAUACCACAGUAUUGAAUCAGGGUUUCAAUGACAUAUCACAUUCCAAGACUACUAUCUGCGAACAACCAAUAGGAAAAGUUGCAACUGAAAAUGAAGAAAUAAUUCAAGAAACAUUGGACGAAGAUAUUGAGAAACCUCCAAAAGUGAUUCCUAAAGUCAUAAAGGCAUAUCCUGACCUUUGCAAGACACUGGAAAAGAAACCCCAGCAACUAAAAAGAGAGAGGUUGCGGAGCUGGAGACGCUAUAAGCCUGAACCAAGAGACGUCUUAAUUAUUGGAUCAUUUGGUCAGCAUGAGGAAUGCUCUAAAAGACACAUUGUGUCAGAGAAGAUUAUUCCAGAGGAAAUAGAUAGUGAAUGGAUGAAAAAGGAAGUUGAUGAAAUUGAAAAAUUGUAUGCAAAAAAUCCAGACACAUUUAUAGUUCGGAAAACAUGUCGGGAUUAUUCUGAAGGGCAAUUUCUAUCUAGAGAUCAAUGUCUUCAAAUGAUAAAAGAUCUUUUUACUAAAUAUGAUCAGCCAGGAGCUAGUAUCUGGUAUACUGGACAUGGUGAGAAAGACACUGGAAACUGGUGCUUCAAAGAUGGCGUGAUCUCUUUCGAUGAUAUCUUUCAUCUGUACAUGGAUCACUAUCAAGGAAAAUCGCUGACCAUAAUCUCUGACUGCAGCCAUUCUGGUAAUUGGGUUAAGGAAUGUGCCAAGAAAUUGGACGAGAAGCGCAUACCAUUUUGUGGACAUCAAGUAAUGGAAGAAGGAAUAUUUAUAAAAAUAAUUGCCUCGUGCCAAAGCGACAAAGAAGCAACAGCUUUGAGUUUCAUAACAGAAGGUGUGCAUUAUGACGAGGAAGAGAAAGGAGUAAUACACUGCCCGGAAAAUAUCCUAAAAUCAGGCCAAAAACCAUCUGGAAUGGACUUCAGAAAUAUUCGCUGUAGCUGUAGCAAAAAAGAUGACCCUUGCAGAAUAACUUGCAAUAUGAGCUGGAGCAAUUGUGUAUCGAGUAGCACUGAUCUCAUAUAUACGAUUCAUGGAGAAGAUGAAGACAAAGAGAAACUGUGGCAUUGCAUACUAGUUGAUAAAGAAGAAGUGGACAACUUUAAAAGUUUAGUACAAUCUGGUGAAAGGAUCGAUGUUAGUAAGUAUGGAGAAAUAAUCUGCUCUGGCUGGGGAGUCGAUUUGCCAAAAAGUUCGAUUCAAGAUUUAGAACUGAGGUUUUUAAAAUAAGUUUACAAAUCUCUUAACACUGCCAUCCAUUCAUUGUUAUUAUUAUACA